ACUGCGUUUUACGGUUAACAGUAUCAAAAUAUGAAAAAUACUAGCUGCUUUCGUUUCGUGAUGCUUGGAAUGGUAUUGACCGGUGUUUGGUUUCCGGAUAAAAUUAAGAAUAAAUAUUAUAAAAUCUUAUACGUCGUUUAUGCUGUACUCUACCAAGGUGUUUGUUUCUUUGGAAUUGUUUUGAUAGAAAUCCUGCGACUUUUGGAGGUAUUGGGAGACAUAGAGAAAACAGCUCAAGUGAGUCUUUUGUUGCUGACACAUUUAGCGCAAUUUGCUAAAAUUGUUACGAUUUGGGGUCGACAGUCUAGGAUUAAACACCUUCUGCAUACAUUAGAAAGUCCAGCCUUCAAUCGCGAAGAGUCAGAGAAGAGAGUCAUUUUGGACAAAACCACGAAGCUGGCGUCGUUGGUUUGUAACACAUAUUCGUCGCUGGUAUUUGUGACUGCGGCUAUGUUUGGUGCAUUUCCUAUGUUUCAGGCGGAUUUUUAUGUGCCCCUGGCCUAUCCGACCUUCAGUACCAGCUCUCCUAUGUAUUACACAGUAUACGGCUACCAGCUAUUCAGCAUAAUCGUGAACGCGUUCGGAAACACGGGCAUGGACAACCUCAUCGGAGGCCUGACGGGGCUGGCGUCGGCGCAGCUCGACCUGCUGAGUCAUGAGCUCACUCGCGUCGGCGACGGUAGUGAGGAUCCUGCCGAGAGUCUCGGUUACAGCAUCGAGUGUAAUAAGAGGGCUGUUCAUUGCCUUAAGUACCAUCAGAAAAUCAUAAGAUUUGUGGAAGAGAUAGAAAGUAUUUUUGGUGUUGCAGUAUUUUGCCAAUUUGCUUCAUCAUGCAUCAUAGCGUGCAUGACAGCUUUUAGAAUGACCAUCACUAACGAGCCUACGCAAAUUAUCAACCUAGUAUUUUACCUGUUAACCAUAUUGAUUGAGUUACUGGUGUACUGUUACUUCGGAGACGUAUUAAUCAACAAGAGUCAGCAAGUGGCCGAGGCAGUAUACGCGAGCAGUUGGCAGCAGACCUCGCUGAAGACACAGCGCUCCCUGAUGCUGCUGAUGCUGCGAGCCCAGCGCCCCCUGUCGAUCACUGCCGGGAAGCAGUUCAACUUGUCUUUGGAGACUUUCGUUGUGAUUCUGAAAUCGUCGUAUUCAUACUUCGCAGUACUGAACAAUAAUGGAGCUGAAUGAAAGGAUUAUCGAUAUAAUUUGAUUAAUUUUGUUUUUUUUUGCUUUUGCUAGCGACUUUAACUUUGGCUUCAAGUUUUCCUGUGAACAUUACGGGAUAAAAAUUUGCCUCCCUAUGCUAUUAUGCAGCCUUCCAACUAUCUAUAGCCCACUUUAUUAUAAAUAGAAUGCAAUG